AGGAAAGAGACAAGCAGAGUCACCUGCCUGGACGCAGGCGAGGUGCUGACCUGGGCUCCUAGCAGAGCUGAGAGGAAACACAGGAGGGGCGUGACUCCCACCACCGAGUUAUUCCCACACUGUGGCUAGGCCACUCAGCUUCCUCCUGUGAGUGCAGGGCCACGGUCCUAAGACUGCGUACGUAAGAUUCUGACCCCAGUCUCUGUUAAUCUCUCACGUACGCCCAAACUGGACGGGCCUGAUCCGAGCCUGAGACCUAGCGAACAAUGGACAAAACACGGCUGAAGGAAAGUUAAGAUAAGCAGGAAACAGCCUUCUUUGUUUACCGAGGCAUAAGACAAGGAGUCAGCACAACCCCAGGUGCAGAGCAGUAACUGGGGGCUUAUCGUGAGUUACAUAGGCACAUAACUCACAGAGAGGUCUCGAAGUCUGGGAGAGAUAACAGUGUAUCCUCCCCGAAUACCAGCCAGGGUUCAGGGAGAGGGCUAACAUGGCAGCAGGAGACGCUAUCCGCCCCUCAGAGAUGCCAAUCCGAGUUCAGAGGGACGCACUGAUAAGCUCUACACAACUGCCACAGCUGGGUACUGUUCACUGGUCUCUUUAAGACCCCCUAGGAACGCACCUGAAAUCAGGACUUAAGCUACUUCCUGCCAGAGAACUUGAGUAACAGCUGUGUACUAGCAAAGGUGAACCUGAGCCCUGGGCGGGGCAUGCAUGGAAUCUUGUAGACUAUUGGCUUGUUGUGCUCAUUUUGUCUGGCUACAAGGACCUAUCCAGGGGCUUGGGAACUCCCGUCUCCCCGCCCCGCCCGAUAUAAUCCACUGCACCAGCGCUGUGCAUAAUAAACCCGCCUGCUUGGAUUUACACGGUGUCGAACUUCUGUUCCUUCAGUUGGCCACGGGGAGGGGAUGCAAGCAUGUGAGCUACUUGGGAGCCAGAGACCGACAUCCAAAGAGAGGUGAGUACGUUUAAUUUACCACCUCAUUAGGCUAGGGAUCGGAGUCUCUCGUCCCCUUCGGACACAUCUUGCCUCCGCUUUUCAGAGUUCAAACAAAGGAACCUAGACACAUGUGAUCCGAGCAUAGAGGUAGAAGGGGUACCACUGGGGAGGGGGCCGAGCUGUUAAACUAAGGGGUGUGUUACGGAGGAUCUGGACAAGCGACUAGCCAGUAACUGGCUGUGAGCUAAGCCCAGGACUGGCUGGGUACGCGAGCGGCAGGCAGUGCAAACGGGUGGCCCUGCUUCCUUAUUGCACAUCCUGACAGAGCGCCCCCCCUUCAGGCAUGUGAAGUAUAUACCCUCGAAUGGUACGAGUCCCCAGUAAGGCCAGCGAUGGUGUGACUCGAGACCACACACAUCCCCAGUACGGUCAGGAGUUGUGGUGAUCAAAAGCCAUGGCAUCCAAGGGGGAGGCGAAAGUCACUCCACAGGAAUACUUAGAACAUAAAUAUGUAAAAACCCGGCAGGCGGCCGUUAAGGCAAAUUACGCUGCAGCCAGGUCUGAAGAAGAGUUGGUGAAAUGGUGGAACGACCAGAAAGUGAAGAAAGCAGACAAAGCGGUGAUAAUACUAUUGGAUAUCCUCGCUAUGAAAGAAAAGGAAAUUGAAGCUUUAAAAUCUGAAAACGAGGCGCUACGAGACAAAGCCCUUUCUCGGAGCGAUAAACCCCCCUCCACCAGGAGUAGCUGUGAGGCAGGCAGGCAGGAUCCCAAAGCAGGAGAAUCAAAGCUACAAGGCCAAGGGCCCACCCCUAGAUCAGAAGAGGGCGAGCUCCCCGUCGGCACUUGCCAGCCAACCGCACCACCGGUAGCUUACCUGUGGGGGGAUCUGGCAGUGAGGGACAAAGGAGACGGGCUAGAACCCCCUCCAUACACGUCCCCGUAUGGACCAGCACCUCAAGGGCCAGAUCCGGGCACUGCCAGGGCUGAUGGAGGGUGGCCACAGGGACCAGUCGCCCCAGAUGAUCACGUCCAACAUGUGGCCCUAAUUCAAACGCAGCUAAGAAGGCUCAGAAAUAUUAACGAGGAGGGGGAGCCAGCGUGGGGAUUCCGGAUGGAAACCCCCCAGACCUACCGCCCCUUUACCCCACAGGAGAAACAGGCACUGCUGUCCUUUCUGCCCGAACUUCAACGCGAUAACAAAAACAUGGAGUUCUGGGACAAACUGGACGGCCUGACUGAAUUGCACGGCCUGCGUAAGAAGGAUGUUCACAUCCUGGCCAAGUGCAAGUGUCCCAGAGACGUGUGGGACAAUUUGGCCAAUAGAUGGAAAAGCGGGCGCUGGGCCGAGGAACAUGACCCCAGACCCGCGGGAGUGGCCCCUGAUCUAGAGCCAUCCCCGAACCCAGACUCCGGCAGUGUAGCUGAAUUCAGGGCUGCGCUUUCCACAGUUCUGGGAGCUCAAGCCACCAACUGGGGGGCCUUGCAAUCAGUGACCCAACAGAAAGGGGAGUCGGCCAUGUCCUAUGCCGAGAAGAAGUGGAAUGCAUUCCGCUCUUAUUCAGGCCUGGACAACAUAACAUCCCGAGACCACGACGUGUUUCUCCAAAUCCUAAAGGAAGGGUUGUCUGCGGAUCACCAAGCAGUCCUGGCCUUAGGCCUCUCGGUUGGAGAUUCGUUCUCGGCCGUGAUGAAGUGGGCCGCAGAUCUAGAGAACAGGAAGAAAAAGGCAGCGGCGACCCUCGCCUCCGAGGAGGCGGUGGCGGUCCAUGCAGUCGGAACCGCUACUUGUUACACCUGUGACAAGCCAGGACAUCUGGCACGGGACUGCAAGGACAGGAUGAAAACUAAAAUGUGCAGCAACUGCAAGAGAAAUGGCCACAGGGGUAGGGAAGGCCAGUGGCCAAGCAAGCUAAAUAAGACCAAUAAACCAAACCCCCAAGAGCAGGAACAGACUAAACAGAUCCAGGAGCUGCUCAAACUCCUGGCUGGCAAAUAGGACAUAGCAGCCUCCGUGGCUGGGACCGUAGGCGACCCAAGGAUGUUUCUGAACACAGGAACAGGGGGCCGGUCGUGCAAAGUGUUAUUAGAUACGGGAGCCUCGGUAUUAAUAACCGGCCAAGACCUCCCCCGAUCCGUCAAACCAUAUGGAUGGAAGGGGCGGGAGGGGGAAGGUUAAGAGCAACCCUAAGCCAGCCAGUAGAAAUAGAAUUUGAUGACAUGAUCACAGUAAGUCAAAUCUGGGUUUGCCCCGAGCAAGGGGACACAAUUUGCGGCACAGAUCUCCUUAAGGAGCUCGGAGGAGUGAUCAAUCCCAGAGCCAGCAGCGCUGAAUGGACUGGAGGGUCCAAGCAGGAACAGCCAUCCGAAAACCGUCUCUACCGCUAACUCCCUGAUAACGGCCCGUUCGGACCUGGAGGUUAACUAUAGACUAUACUCACCUUUACAGGGUGACCCGAAAGGCUCACCCGAUUGUGGAAAACCCUGCCAUCAUCCUCAGCUUGCUAAAACCGGGACACUGAAAGCAGCAUUAACGAACGCGGUGCUGGAGACCACAGACCUAACAGGCUGACUCAGUUAAUGCCCCUUGAAUUAAUGAGAAUGCCUAGCGGUGUGGUCCUACCAGCCGACGGGUCAGGGCCCUUCGCAGAACUACAUUAAAGUGUUAGACAAAGAGUUAAAGGAAUUAUACCACCAAGUAAAGGGAAACCAAGCCCAGCUGGACGAUAGCAGCACUCUGGACAAACCUGCAUUUAAGGUCGGGGAUCUGGUAACGUGUCCCGUUGACCCAGAGGUUAGAGGAAUUCUAAAACCGAAGUGGCAAGGCCCCAUGCGGGUCCUUUUGACCACUAACACGUGUGUGAAGGGUGGGGGAAAGAUGGGACCGUCUUGGAGGCACCAAAAUCGGUUAACACUGUUUGAACCAGCGCCCGCGAGUGCUAACAAUGUCUCCACAGGUGAACAAGAAGAAGGACUGAUGGGUGACCGUGAGGCCCCGCGCUGGCCCUGUGGAUUAUGACCCUCUAGGAAUGUACCUGAGGGCAAAUCUGUCUGGGAGGUGCCACCUGUCAUUUCUGAGGACCUGAAAUCGGGACUUAACCUACUUCCUGCAAGAGGAGAACCGGAGGAGUAACAGCUGUGUACUAGCAAACGUGAACCUGAGCCAUGGGCGGGGCAUGCAUGGAAUCUUUUAGACUAUUGGUUUAUUGUGCUUGAAGGGAUAAAAUAGCAAAUAGCCCAUUGAUAUGUAGGUAAGAUUCUGAACCACAGACUCUGGUUAAGCUUUUCCGCAUAGGCCCAGGCUGGACAGCCUGGGCAGAGGCAUGAGGCCUAGAUAGCUCUAGGGAAGCAGGAAAAACACAGGAAAACAACCCCGCCUGUUUAUCACAAAUGGAAGGAGCUGAAGUGCCAUAACAUUAUGUGGGGAGGAAUAACUGAACACCCUUAUCAUGAGUUUUUCACACACAAGGCCAAGGCCCUGAAAGGGGCCUCAGUCUGCCAACUGGUAUGGGAAAAAAAACAACAACUGCCUUCCCAAGGCCUAGCACAUCACUAGGCGAUAACACCCUCCCCCCCAGAUCCCAAGUUCACCCCUCCCUGGCAGUUCCGGCUAGCAGACAUACCAGAAUAAUAUUAUAAACAACUGCUUUGCUGUGUACCUUACAUGGUCUUUUGUUUUAGACCCCCAGAAAAGCACCUAUGAACUGCACCUGUCGGGAAAGCGCCGUCAUCACUUCUAUGGAUCCCAAUCGAAAUGUAGCUUAUGCAUGGCACAGCAAUUUUCGGGGCAAGGAGGGGGGAUACUUGUGUUUUAACAAAUAUGUUAACUGAGCUAUGGGCGGAGCUACUAUGUAAUCUCUUAGACUACUUGCUUAUUGUGCUCAUUUGUCUUGCUGCUAAGAUCUAUCCAGGGGUUUGGGAACUCCCACCCCAUCGUUUCUCUCUGCCCAUUGGUCCCCUAUAUAAUCUAUUGUAAUCAAUUGCUUAGUAGUGUCCACUGAGCCUAAGCAGCAGGGUGACACUCCAUCAGCGCUGUGCGUAAUAAACCCUCCUGUUUGGAUGUA